UUUCAAAUAUAAAUACACCUAUAAUAUGAGGAAGGUGUGAUGUGAAAAUCCCCGCAUAAUCGAAACAUGGAACCUACAUUCAUUAAGAUCCCCUCGGGGGCGAAGGCUAAUCCAUCACCAUUCAAAGUAAACAUAUCCGACGAGCAGAUCCAAGAGCUACAGCUCCUAGUCACGCUUUCGAAGAUUGCCCCUCCAACGUUCGAGGGCCUGCAGCCAGACCGUAAAUAUGGUGUCACAACUGAGUGGCUUGCCAAUGCCAAAGAAGCCUGGAAAGCUUUUGACUGGAGAUCGGUGGAGCGUCAUAUCAACGGCUUCCCCCAGUUCACAUACGACAUCGAGGGCUUGAACAUUCAUUUCGUCGCUAUAUUCUCAGAGAGAAAGGAUGCGAUUCCAAUUUUGUUCAUACACGGCUGGCCAGGGAGCUUUCUUGAGUUUCUCCCUAUUCUGUCGCUGAUUCGGGAGAAAUAUACUCCUGCAACCUUACCCUACCACUUUGUUGUUCCAUCGCUUCCGGGUUACACGUUUUCCUCUGGCCCUCCGCUGGAUAAAGAUUUCGGCACUGAGGAUGUUGCCCGCGUUGUCAACCAGCUCAUGGUUAACCUGGGAUUUGAGAGUGGCUACAUUGCACAAGGGGGUGAUAUUGGCGCCAAAAUUGGCAGAAUACUAGCAGUGGACUAUGAUACCUGCAAGGCCGUUCAUCUGAACGUCUGUUUCGUCAAAAAGCCCGAUAACGUGCCGGAUACCGCUAUAACGGAGGUUGAGAAGCGCAACCUGGCCCGCGCAGAAUGGUUCUCGUCUUCUGGAAUGGGGUACUACGUGGAGCAUGGCACUCGAACCAGUACCAUUGGCAAUGCUAUUUCGACUAAUCCAUUGGCCCUUCUAGCUUGGAUUGGGGAGAAGUUCCUUGAUUGGCCUGAUGGUCCUCUGCCGCUGUAUACUAUCCUGGAGUCUGUGUCCCUGUACUGGUUUACAGAGACAUUUCCUCGGUCGAUCUAUCAUUAUCGUGAGGCAUUCCCGCCACCUAAGAUUAUGCACACGCUCGAUCCGAGGUGGUAUAUCCGUAAACCGUUUGGGUUCUCUUACUUUCCCAUGGAGCUGCUGCCAGCACCACGCGCUUGGGUUGAAGCAACCGGGAACCUUGUGUUCUUCCGACAGCAUGAAAAGGGAGGACAUUUCGCAGCAGUAGAAAGGCCACAGGAGCUUCUUGACGAUGUGCUUGCCUUUACUGAGCAGGUCUGGACCGAUCGUAGAUGAGUUGAUAACAGAAAUAUACCGCAAAGCUUCACUUUGCCAUCGUAUCGUAGAGGAUAUGAAGCCUCUCUGGUCCUACGUAUAUACUACAUAGUACUACCCAACGGAAGUACAUACCUCGCUAUCAAAAUGGUAUCAGUAUGUACACCUCCCAGCUCCGAACAAUACCAUACAUUAUAUUCCAAGCAGCUCCAUAAAUUAACACCACCACUACCAAUCAUCAACUCCCAGCCCACGCCAACCCGACGUGAAUCCAUAAACCAGCAUGCAUGCAUUAGCAUACAUCAUCCUUCUGCAAGGAGCCCAAACGGGCGACCGUCAAGCUUGCACCAUCAGUUCUUGACACAGAAGCGAUUCGUUCGACAGAAACAGGAACUAGUACUUUUCUUCUCCGACGCUUCUUCUGGAACCAUGCUUCCGACCAC